UUAAAUACUUGCUCUAACUUUCAAAUUCUAAAAUUAAUAGAUGUAGCACUGUUUAAUUUUCAAAUUAAAUUAACCGAGACUGACUUAUUCCUAGCAAUAUUUUAUAGUUCCUUGAGUUUGGAUUAAAUUGAAAAAAAUAUUCUCAAGCAUAUAUCAUUAGUGGUGUAUAAAGAUUAUUUUUGUAUUAUCUAUGAAAAGUUUGCUAACAAAUUAGAGUACAAGUAAGGUUACAAUAAGACAUUUAUCUGUUUAAGACCAUUUAUUUUUUUAACCACUUUAGUAAAUUAAUUGUGUGUGCAUGGCUCCUGCUAUUCUACACUAUUUAUUCAUUAAACCAGGCUAAAAUUCUCAAUACUGAGUAAGUACUUUCUUAACAACUAAUUACCAUAUCCAUUUAAAAUUGAAUACAUAUUUUCUUUUUAAAAUACUCUAUCAUUUAAAAUUUUCACUAGUUCAGACAGCAUUUUUUACAGUUAGUAUAAAAUAAUAAGGCCAUUAUAUUCUCUUCUUUAUAAGAAAUUGUGUAGUGAAGGUUGGAAUAGAACUAUUUAUCACACUAAAUUCUCAGCUUAUUUGUAUGAAUGUAUUUGUUGUUUAUUGCAGAGAUCAUUCAGGGUAAGUUUAAAUCAAGGAUUUCUUUGUGUUUAGAUAUGAAAUUAUACAAGAUAUAAAAGUUUUAUUGUUCCCUAAUUUGUCUUUCUAAAUCAUUUUGUGAAACUUGUCUUAAAUGUUAAAGGUCUGGUUUUAUUAGGGUUAUGAGAAACAUUUGAGAUUAUAAAAUUGAAAUUAGCCUGUAUCAUUAAUUAACAGAAUUAAGUACAUUAUUCUCCUUAAUAAGUGAUUUCAAGUACAUUAUUCCUAGAUGACCUCUGGAAAUAAACUGCAUUUUUGAUAUUUUACAAUAUGUGUUUAGCUUUUAUUUCCCUUUAUCAUGUAGAAAAAUCUUUAAAAUUGGGGGUGUGAUUAUAAUAACUAAUAUCUUUGGUUAUAUCGUAUUCUACCACAAACAUUGGCUCUUUUUUUCCCUUAAGAAGUUCUCCAGAAUAGCAUAGUGAUUGAGAGCAUAGAUUUUGGGAUGUACAGGUCUGGGUUUGGUUUAUUAUUCUAUAACCUAGAAUAACUUUAUGACAUUGGGCGAGUUACUUAGCCUCUCUUGGACUCCUUUUCUUCAUAGGUAAAAUAGGUCAUUGUUCUUACUCAAAGAAUUGUUUGAAGAUUAAAUGCUAUCAUCAUCAUCACCAUCAUCAAAAUAGAAGUAGUGGUAAUAGUGGCUAACACUUCUGUAAAGCAAUGUUAUAGAAGGAAGCAGAAUUGAAGGAGGCAAUAUUCCAGCGAAUUUUAGCACCCUAUACUGAUUUUCACUACAGGCAUAGUCCAGAUACAGCUGAAGGACAGCUCAAAGAAGACAGAGAGGCACGAUUUCUAGCCAGUAAAAUGGGAAUCAUAGCAACAUUCCGGUCAUGGGCGGGUAUUAUUAAUUUAUGUAAACCUGGAAAUUCUGGAAUCCAGUCUUUAAUUGGGGUACUUUGCAUACCAAAUAUGGAAAUACGGCGAGGUCUGCUUGAAGUGCUUUAUGAUAUAUUUCGUCUUCCUUUACCUGUUGUGACUGAAGAGUUCAUAGAAGCACUGCUCAGUGUAGAUCCAGGUAGAUUCCAAGACAGUUGGAGGCUUUCAGAUGGCUUCGUAGCAGCUGAGGCAAAAACUAUUCUUCCUCAUCGUGCCAGAUCUAGGCCAGACCUCAUGGAUAAUUAUUUGGCACUGAUACUUUCUGCAUUUAUUCGUAAUGGACUUUUAGAGGGUUUGGUUGAAGUAAUAACAAACAGUGAUGACCAUAUUUCAGUUAGAGCUACCAUCCUUUUAGGAGAGCUUUUACAUAUGGCAAACACAAUUCUUCCUCAUUCACAUAGCCAUCAUUUGCACUGCUUGCCAACUCUAAUGAAUAUGGCUGCAUCCUUUGAUAUCCCUAAGGAAAAACGACUGCGAGCCAGUGCAGCCUUAAACUGCUUAAAACGCUUCCAUGAAAUGAAGAAACGAGGACCUAAGCCUUAUAGCCUUCAUUUAGAUCACAUUAUUCAGAAAGCAAUUGCAACACACCAGAAACGGGAUCAGUAUCUGCGAGUUCAGAAAGAUAUAUUUGUUCUUAAGGAUACAGAAGAAGCUCUCUUAAUGAACCUUAGAGAUAGCCAAGUCCUUCAACAUAAAGAAAAUCUUGAAUGGAAUUGGAAUCUCAUUGGGACCAUUCUUAAGUGGCCAAAUGUAAACCUAAGAAACUAUAAAGAUGAACAGUUACACAGGUUUGUACGAAGACUACUUUAUUUUUACAAGCCCAGUAGUAAAUUAUAUGCCAACCUGGAUCUGGAUUUUGCCAAGUCCAAGCAGCUCACAGUUGUAGGUUGCCAGUUUACAGAAUUUCUUCUUGAGUCUGAAGAGGAUGGUCAAGGAUACUUAGAAGAUCUAGUAAAGGAUAUUGUUCAGUGGCUCAAUGCCUCGUCUGGAAUGAAACCUGAGAGAAGUCUUCAGAAUAAUGGUUUAUUGACUACCCUUAGUCAACACUACUUUUUAUUUAUUGGUACACUUUCUUGCCACCCCCAUGGAGUCAAAAUGCUGGAAAAAUGCAAUGUAUUCCAAUGUCUCCUUAACCUUUGUUCCUUGAAAAACCAAGAUCACUUGCUGAAACUGACAGUUUCUAGUUUGGACUAUAGCAGAGAUGGAUUGGCUAGAGUCAUACUUUCCAAAAUCCUAACUGCAGCCACUGAUGCCUGCAGGUUGUAUGCAACAAAACAUUUAAGGGUAUUAUUGAGAGCUAAUGUUGAAUUCUUCAGUAAUUGGGGAAUUGAGUUACUGGUGACCCAGCUACAUGAUAAAAACAAAACAAUUUCUUCUGAAGCUCUCGAUAUCCUCGAUGAAGCAUGUGAAGACAAGGCCAAUCUUCAUGCACUUAUUCAGAUGAAGCCAGCUUUAUCCCACCUUGGAGACAAGGGCUUACUUCUCCUCCUCAGAUUUCUCUCCAUUCCAAAAGGGUUUUCCUAUCUGAAUGAAAGGGGUUAUGUAGCAAAACAGCUGGAAAAAUGGCACAAGGAAUAUAAUUCAAAAUAUGUUGACUUGAUUGAAGAACAACUUAAUGAAGCACUUACUACUUAUCGGAAGCCUAUUGAUGGUGAUAACUAUGUUCGUCGGAGUAACCAAAGAUUACAGCGUCCUCAUGUCUACUUGCCUGUACAUCUUUAUGGACAACUGGUACAUCACAAAACAGGCUGUCAUUUGUUGGAAGUGCAGAAUAUUAUUACAGAACUCUGUCACAACAUUCGUACACCAGAUUUGGAUAAAUGGGAAGAAAUUAAAAAAUUGAAAGCAUCCCUUUGGGCCUUGGGAAAUAUUGGCUCAUCAAAUUGGGGUCUCAAUUUGCUACAGGAAGAAAAUGUAAUUCCAGAUAUAUUAAAACUUGCAAAACAUUGUGAGGUUCUUUCCAUCAGAGGGACCUGUGUAUAUGUGCUUGGACUCAUAGCCAAAACCAAACAAGGCUGUGAUAUUCUAAAAUGUCACAACUGGGAUGCAGUGAGGCACAGUCGCAGACAUCUGUGGCCAGUGGUUCCAGAUGAUGUGGAGCAACUCUGUAAUGAGCUGUCAUCUAUCCCAAGCACCCUAAGUUUGAAUUCGGAGUCAACUAGCUCCAGACAUAAUAGUGAAAGUGAAUCUGCACCAUCAAGUAUGUUCAUAAUGGAGGAUGACCGGUUUGGCAGCAGCUCUACAAGUACAUUUUUUCUUGACAUCAAUGAAGAUGCAGAGCCAGCAUUUUAUGAACGACCUGGACCUAUAAAGGAUAAAAAUUCAUUUCCUUUCUUUGCUUCCAGUAAACUUGUGAAGAAUCGUAUCUUGAAUUCACUAACUUUGCCUAAUAAGAAACAUCGUAGUAGCAGUGAUCCAAAAGGAGCGAAACUGUCAUCUGAAAAUAAGACAAGCAACAGACGAAUCAGAACACUUACAGAGCCAUCCAGUGUUGACUUUAAUCAUAGUGAUGAUUUCACACCCAUAUCCACAGUUCAGAAAACAUUACAAUUAGAAACUUCAUUUGUUGGGAAUAAGCACAUUGAAGACACUGGUAGCACUCCAAGUAUUGGAGAGAAUGACUUAAAAUUCACUAAGAGUCUUGGUACAGAGAAUCACAGAGAAAACACAAGCCGAGAGAGAUUAGUUGUAGAGAGUUCAACAAGCUCACACAUGAAGAUACGUAGUCAAAGUUUUAAUACAGACACUACAACAAGUGGCAUAAGUUCAAUGAGCUCAAGUCCUUCACGAGAGACAGUAGGUGUUGAUGCUACAACCAUGGACACAGACUGUGGAAGUAUGAGUACUGUGGUAAGUACUAAAACUGUUAAGACAAGCCACUAUUUGAUGCCACAGUCUAACCAUCUGUCUCUCUCCAAAUCAAACUCAGUGUCCCUGGUGCCUCCAGGUUCUUCUCAUACACUUCCUAGAAGAGCACAGUCCCUUAAAGCACCCUCUAUUGCUACAAUUAAAAGUCUAGCAGAUUGUAACUUUAGUUACACAAGUUCUAGAGAUGCCUUUGGCUACGCUACACUGAAAAGAUUACAGCAACAAAGAAUGCAUCCAUCCUUAUCUCAUUCUGAAGCUUUGGCAUCUCCAGCAAAAGAUGUGCUGUUUACUGAUACAAUCACCAUGAAGGCCAGCAGCUUUGAGUCAAGGUUAACACCAAGCAGGAUCGAUUUUAAAAAGAAGCAUGUCGGGGGAAUCAGGAGCUUAAGACCUACAAUAACAAACAACCUUUUCAGGUUCAUGAAAGCUUUAAGUUAUGCUUCGUUAGAUAAAGAAGAUUUAUUAAGUCCUAUUAAUCAAAACACCCUGCAGCGAUCCUCCUCAGUGAGGUCCAUGGUGUCCAGUGCUGCAUACGGUAGCUCAGAUGACUAUAUUGGUCUUGCUCUUCCAGUAGACAUCAAUGAUAUAUUCCAGGUACAAGAUAUUCCCUAUUUUCAGACAAAAAACAUAUCUCCACAUGAUGAUCGAGCUGCAAGAAUGUUAGCCCAUGAUGCAGGAGGUCUUCCAUCUGGAACUGGAGGUCUUGUAAAAAACUCUUUUCACUUGCUGCGACAGCAGAUGAGUCUUACGGAAAUAAUGAAUUCAAUCCAUUCAGAUGCUUCUUUGUUUUUAGAAAGUACAGAAGACACCGGACUACAGGAGCAUACAGAUGAUAACUGCCUUUAUUGUGUCUGUAUCGAAAUUCUGGGUUUCCAGCCCAGUAACCAGCUAAGUGCAAUAUGUAGUCAUUCAGAUCUUCAAGACAUUCCAUAUUCUGAUUGGUGUGAGCAGACUAUCCAUAAUCCCUUAGAAGUGGUUCCCUCUAAGUUUUCAGGGAUUUCUGGAUGCAGUGAUGGAGUAUCUCAAGAAGGCUCAGCCAGCAGCACCAAAAGCACAGAAUUGCUACUGGGUGUUAAAACAAUUCCAGAUGAUACACCAAUGUGCCGUAUACUCCUUCGAAAAGAAGUUCUAAGAUUAGUCAUUAACUUGAGUAGUUCAGUUUCAACUAAGUGUCAUGAAACUGGGCUUCUAACAAUUAAGGAGAAGUAUCCUCAAACAUUUGACGACAUAUGCCUUUACUCCGAGGUUUCCCAUUUGCUGUCACACUGCACAUUUAGACUUCCAUGUCGGAGGUUCAUACAAGAAUUAUUUCAAGAUGUACAGUUUUUACAAAUGCAUGAAGAAGCAGAGGCUGUGUUGGCAAUACCACCAAAGCAAACUACAGUUGAUACAUCUGCUGAAUCCUGACCUCAUAUUUAUGAUGUAUAUAGAUACACACUAUAUAUAUUCGUAUUUGUGGAUUUCCUAAAAGCCUCAGAAAAUGCUGACUGGGCAGCAAAGACAGGAGUAUCUUCUGUACACUGUUCCAGCGAUUACUGGUACAUGAACAGUUGGAACUGCUGACUUCCCUAACCAAAACAACUUCCUUCUCACCCCUAUUGAGCCCUUUGGGAGGUUCAGUGUUCAUUACCACAGUUUUGUGAGUUUUAGUUACCAUUGUAUGCAAGAGCCAAGCACUGAAUACCUACAUAGGUUUUCUUUUCUUUUUUUUUUUUUUUCAUUUUAAGAGCAUAAUGACAGUGGAACAAUGAUAGGAUAUACAGAAGCACCCUUCACACAAUUACUUCUGAAUUCUUUUUUUUAGGGUAAAUAUAAAGAUGCCUUGUUUGUUCACUAAUUUGUGGAAACUAGGAAUUGUGUCUCUAAGGCUGCAUCCUGUUACCACAGUGGGGUAUGCUGUAACUGCUGGUUAUUAGAGGGGGAACUUUGGCCCUUCCACAUUUUUCUUAAUGUUUGUAACACUACUUCGGAGGUUUGUAACCUCAAAGCGAAAGAAGAGCCUCAAAAACCCGAGACUUAUAUAAGUUAUUUUUAUGUUAUUAGAAUUGCAUAAAGAUUCUUAUCUGUUUUCUGUCUCUUCAACUUUGUUGCAAUGUAUUAUUGUAGGCUAUUUGAACCCACUAAGGUUUUUCACUACAGUUCCUGAUUAGAAUCAGAAAAUCAUUUUAUAAUUCAGGUGAAAUUCGAUGUAGAAUUCAUAUUUUUCAGUGGACUUUGGUUUUCAUUGACUUACCAUAUUAUUGUCUUAAAUGGGAACUUGAACAACCACUAUAAUUUAGACCCCAAAGCAAAAGAAAGCAUUAAAUAACCCUUGGAAUCUCCUGAGGAAAAGAUAAGUUUGUCUACAAUCAUUCCAUGGGAAAAGAAAAGCCAUAUUUCCUUUUAAAAAAUCAUUAAUAAAACUGAUUAUUAAGAUUAAAAAUUGUAGUGAAAAGCCUUAAGUACCAAAUUUUAAAGCAGCAGUGACUUAUUUUAAUAAUAGUGUUCUUGUUUUGCACAAAUUAAAUGCAGUGAUAGAUGAGUUUAUGAAUUACAGUAAUUGCCUUUAUCACAUUUGUGAAAGUGUUAAGUUGAUGAGGGCAAGGAUUUUUUUUUUUUUUGUCAUUGUUUAUUUGUUUAACUUGUGUAUGUCUAAAGAUAUUUGGAAAUCUUUACAGGAAUUAAACAUAUAUGCAAAUUUGUAUAUAAAAUAGCAUGGCCAUCAUCAUUAGAAUGCUUGUAAAUGAAAGGUUUAUCUUUUUGAAAUCUAUAUAUAAAUAGUAAAAAUCCAGCUGGACUGAUUAGGACUCUUUUUUAAUUCAUUUGUGUAUACCAUUUUUUACAAUUAGACAUCAGCUUUGACAUAGUCAUAGCACAUUGAUAAAUAUUUUCCCACAUUGCUGGUAUUUUUUUGUAAUGGGUUUGUUCUUUGAGAUCUCUGUAAAGAACCCUAGGAACUAGAAAUUCUAAGUCACAGAGAGACUUUUUUUUUUUUUUUUUUUUUUUUCUAAUUUACUGGCACUGAAAGUUCCUGUUGGGGUGAAGCAUUUUAUCUCACUUCAUAACACCUCUUUGACUGCACUUCAGUGAAUUGUUCUUACGUGCACUGUGUAGCAAUUUACAUUGUAACAAAGCAGAUAAGGGCUGUAAGCUGCUGCUUAUGUUAAAAAGUGGCUCUUCAGAUUUUUUCUCACAAAAGCCAAUUAAAGAUAAAACAAAUAAUAUUUUUAAAUUUUAAUUUAUCAUUGAACCCACAUGUUUAUUUAAAUGUCAACAGUACUUCUAAGAAUGUUGCCUGUGUCACCUUGGUCUUUGGUCUUGGAUAAUUAAACUGCCUUUCCAGAGAACCAAAUGUCAGAGAUACUAGACCAAAUAGUGGUUAAAAACUCCAAAGGAAGUAAUGUAGUAAUCUUAUUCAUAAUGGGAUUAACAUAUUUAAGACAUUCAUUUUAAACACUACCUCAGUUAAUAUAGAGUAUAAAAUCUGUGGUUUAAUCCCUUUAAAGUUAGACCAGUAAUUAGUUUUUGUCACGUAUCUGCAGCCUCAUCCCCACACUCCCACCCCUGGUCAGCCUUCCUGAAAUUAAGGCUUAGUUAUUAGCCUGAACAGUUUUUGACUGUUACUUUGAAAGACAUUUAUACUCAUCAUAUCUGCCUAUUGCACUUAGUUUGGGGAGACAGAGCUUUGUGUGGUUAUUAGUAAAUGAAGAAAAUAAAAUAUCUACACUUAAAUUUAUAGUACUAUUUGGUUUAUCCUUGGUUUCACUGACAGGUCUAAUCGUUUUCUUUGAGUACUUGUUUAUAUAAAAGUAGACUUUUAUGAAAAAUGCUCACAUGCAGUGCCAAGUGAUUAAUUUAUAUGUUUAAAAAUAUUAAAUUAUAGCAGAAAAGGUUAGGAAUGGUGUCAGUGGUAAUAGAAAUAAUUGAAAAUUUUUCUACAAAUAAUAAUAAUACCAGACUAUAGAAUACCAAAAUAAUGUUAAUACUGUAGUUUUUCAAGAUUUUAGAAUUAACCUUAGUCCAUAUAAAUUUGUAUUAUUGGUAAUUGAAUAAUUUGAAAGAAUUUGGGCAAUUGUGCUGGUUGUAAACUGUGAAUUUCUAAUUGUAAAGUGAAUUGUCAUUUCUAAUUGAAAUUGUUUUUAAGAACAGAUUUCCACUUCACAUACUAAGUAAAUACUGAUAAAUAAGGAAAUUAGAAAUUUAGUAUUUGUAGAAUAUGGUCUAAAAUGUCUUAUGCUUUUAUUUCCUGUUUAUGCGUAGAGAGAUUGAAGGGGGAAAAAGUUUGUUCUUCCUAAUUAAAGUUUUUCUAAUAAAAAUUGGUAGCACAAGGACAUUCUGUAAGUCAGUGACUUUAAAAGAGGCUCUUUGGAGGUAUAUACAUUAUUAUAUUAGUUAUUCUGACAUAAUGUGUACAUAAUGUGAAAUGGAGGCUUUAAUAGUCUUCAGCUCUUAUCCAAAGCUUGAGAUAAUUAAAGCUGAGUUUUCAGAGCAUGUCACAAUGGCAAGAGUAUUCAACAAUGAAGUGUCCAUGCUUACUUAGAUUUGUCUGCUGCUAUUUGUAUAAAAUUUUAUUUCGUUACAUUCAGAGGAUGCCUUUUAUCCCCACAUUAAAGCACAGAUCAUUAAGCAAUAAAAAACCAAUCAGAUGUUCUGUUUUUCAAAUUAUAACUACAGUUAUUUUUGCAUAGUAAGAGUGAGGUGCUAAUUUUGUGUGAGAUGAGCUUUGUAAGCUACCUUGGGAAAUUUCCUUUGGAGGUAAGGUUUUUUUCCCCGUUGGUCCUAUGCUUCCAGUUUUGUCUCAAAUUCACAAUCCAUGGAAAUAUGGGAAAAAUAAAAGGUAAACUUUAUUGAGAGAGACUUUUUUAUGAAAAGAGAUGAUUGAAAUGAGUGAACAUUUCAGAUUUUCCAAAAUGUAAGUUGGGAAAGGUCUUCAUUGUCUCCCCAUUCACAGAAUAUAGUUACUAUCUUAAUUUAACUUCAGUGAGAAUUUCAUUAUAAAAGCAUACCAGUGAAAUUAAAUAGCAAUGCAUAUCAAAGAAUACCUAAAUCUAUGAGAUUCUUUCUAGAAGCAUGGUUUGGUUUUGUUUUGUUUUUUGUUUUCCUUCAGUUCCAGGUUCCCAGGGUAUUUUUCAUUCAUGGUAGGCUUAAUAUGACUUACACAAACUCUUCUUUUUUUCCCUUCCCCUCUGGAGUAUUUUCAUAAUAUAGGUGGAUAGCUAUGCCACAAGCAUGCACAAAUUGCACAUUUUGUUUGAUUUUCUUUAUAAAAUAUUUACUUUGAAAAAUAUAAUUUAUGCCAAAAAAAGCAUACCUUACAAUGUUGCCACUAAAUAGGCUGUUUCAGCACAAAAUGCAAAGUCUUGGGGUGGGAUGGUUUAAAAAAUUUCAUAGAUACAGUUGAAAAAUAUUCCAUUACUGGCGUAUCUGAAAUCUUAAAGCUGCAUUGUAAAGCAAAAUGUCUAAAUUAGUUCUAAAAAGUGGUAAGGGAUUUGUGAAAAAAGAACUGACUUAUUGCUCCCUGCCCACAUGAUUUUCUUCUUUUAUUUAGUAAUACGCUGCUACAUAUUUGGAGGUUCUGGUGUUUGUAGGUCACUGAACAGACAUUGAAAUCUGAUUUAUAUUGUAUAACUGUAACAUAGAAAGAAAAAGUAUUUAUAUAUUUUCUGUAAGACUAUUUCAUUGAGUUGUGUAUAAUUUAAAUAAGAUUUGUCCCCAAAUGGUUUUGCUCACCUUGAUUUUUUUUGUGGUUUUAUUGUUUUUGUAUAAUGUGUACAGUUUAUGUCAAGGGCAUUAAAAGCCUCCUGAAGCAUAACUUUAUCAAAGGGAUACAUUGUUAAUAAAAUGGACUUAAAAUUCUUAAAA